UAUACAGUGGCUUAAUAUCUAGCUUUUCAUUCAGAAGUACACAGAACAAAGUUCUUUGUUUGGCGAAAAAGCAGAAAGAGAGGCGGCGAAAAAAAUCGGAGUGUCACUCGGUAAUCUCUUGUGCUGGCUCUGGUUUUCUUUUGUUGGUCUGCUGCAGCUUCUCCUUUUCUUCUAUAUGCCAUGGAAGCCCUUUCGAGCUCUGUGUUUAACGCUAAGAUGCUGGAGGCUUAUUCUUCCCUCCGUUAUCAUCCUCCAAUCGGAACUCCUAGCAAUCGAACUGUGUCACUGAAACUCACCGAGCAUUCACGAUUUGUUGGCCUCCGUGCUUUCUCUCUCGCACCCGAGGUUCCCAGCGAAGGCGAAGAUGGGAAGGCUGUAAAUAAUGGCUUCGGUAUAAUUUCUCCAGAAAGUUUUCCUGAGGGUAAUUUAAGCAACAUUCAGAGCUGUGACAAGGAUGCAGAUCAGGCAUUGAAAAUAGAGACGCCAUUGACUGUUUUCCCAGCCCCUGGCGGAAGUGGUGCAGGUAGUGGUACAAGAGCUGGACUUUUUAGAACGCCUAUUUCUGGUGGUGUGCAGAGUGCUACCUCAGCGCAUGGUCUGCCUAGACCAGCCUUAGCGGUGCGCAAUUUGAUGGAACAGGCUAGAUUUGCUCAUUUGUGCACUGUAAUGUCUCGAAUGCACCAUCGGCGGGAAGGAUAUCCAUUCGGUUCUCUAGUAGAUUUUGCACCUGAUCCAAUGGGCCAUCCAAUAUUUUCAUUUUCACCACUUGCCAUUCACACAAGGAAUUUGUUAGCUGACCCUAGAUGCACAUUAGUUGUUCAGAUACCUGGAUGGAGUGGCUUGUCCAACGCAAGGGUAACUAUCUUUGGUGAUGUCUAUCCACUUGCAGAAGAUCAACAGGAAUGGGCUCAUAAGCAAUACAUAGCAAAGCAUCAACAGGGGCCUUCACAACAGUGGGGCAAUUUCUAUUAUUUUAGGAUGCAGAAUAUAAGUGACAUAUAUUUCAUUGGAGGCUUUGGUACUGUUGCUUGGGUGGACGUGAAAGAAUAUGAGACCCUUCAACCUGAUAAAAUUGCAGUUGAUGGUGGUGAGCAGAACCUAAAGGAACUCAAUGCUAUCUUCUCAAAGCCUCUAAAGGAGCUUCUAUCUACCGAGACAGAGGUAGAUGAUGCCGCUCUCAUAUCUAUAGACAGCAAGGGGACUGAUAUCAGGGUGCGUCAAGGUGCACAGGUGGUUAAAGAUCAAAACAUCUAAAUUGUUGCAGGAUGCCUAGUGGGGCGAGCAUAUCAAACUUCAACGUACAGAGGAUAUCAUUUGAUGAUGGGCAAAGUGUGGAAACAUUAGAAGAAGCUAAAGCUGCUCUCUGGAAAUUAGUACACAGAGGACGGGUGUACAACUUAUAGAAAUAGAAAGUCGAAUGUGCUUCACUUUAUCCUACCCUUAAUAUUAGAUGAGACAGACAACUGAACUUUGUUGAGUUUCUGGUCUUUUAUCAUUUUUGGCCCUAAUAAUGCUGUUCUGAGUGUGUUAAAAGUCCAUAUUCAACAUGCUUAUGGACUGCCAUGAUGCACCAUAUUGUAUUAUAUCCAGAAGAAUUUUGAAGUGUGGCUAACUGGGAUUGUGUUAGGAAUAAGAUGUUAGGAAAUAAUAUUAUGCUUUUUCAACUUAUCUGAAAGCCUGGGAUUUUGAUGCAUUGUCGGUAGUAUUUAUGAAAGUAAUAAAGAUUCCUAGUAUUAAUUUCGUAUUA